CAGGUGGGGCUGCGUGGUGGUGGACGAAGUUCAUCAGGCCAAGAACCCCAAGGGCCAGCUGCAUAAGGCCAUUGUUGCCCUUCACAGCGACCGCAAGCUGGGCCUCACAGGCACCCCUCUGCAGAACAGCCUCAGCGAUGUUUGGACGCUGCUGCGCACCGUGGAUGCUCAUGAGGGAUGGGAUCUCGGCACCUUUGAGAGCCGCUUCAGCCGCCCCAUCUUGAAGGGCCAGAAGCGCAAGGCUUCCGCCAAGGACUUGGCUGUCCGCGAGGACGCGCUGAAGGAGUUCCAAGAGCUCUUGGCACGCAAUUGCUUGAGGAGGACCAAGGAUGACGUCGCCCUCAUGCUUCCAGGCAAAAACGAUCGUGUUGUGCCUUGCCCGCUGAGCCCCGUGCAGCGGGCUGCCUACCAAAACCUCCUGGAGAGCCCGGACUUCCAGAUUGCUCUCGGCAAGCGCGAGCUUUGUGUUUGCGGCGCUGGAAGGCCUUGCUUCUGCGGCUCUGGCCCCGUGUGGCGGUACCUGCACCGCCGGCAGGCUGAGAGCAAGGGCUUGGAGGACGAGUGGGCUGCGGCAGAUGAGUGCUCAUGCCGGGGGAGGAAGUCGCCCAAGUGCAUGGCCCUCUCGCUGAUCGUGAUGCUUCAGCGGCUUUGCAAUCACUUGGAGCAGCUGAAGCCGGACCCGCAGCCACCGAAGGACGAUGCAGAGGCACAGCAGCAGGAGCUCAUGCGGGAGCUCUGCGAGGUUGCCUUCCGCGGCAUUGAUCACAACCUCUGCACCCAGCGCCGGGUCGCCAACCGCUUGCAGCUUGGCGACCCGGAUGCCUGUGGCAAGAUGCAGGUUCUCCUGCCGCUUUUGCGGCACUGGCGCCGGAGAUCUCAGAAGGUUCUGGUGUUCUCCAGGUCCACGAGGCUGCUGGACAUCCUGGAGGCUUGCCUCUGGCAACAGGGGUGGUCGCCCCAGGUGUUGCGCUUGGAUGGCACUACUGCGGUGGGUCAGCGCCAGCGUUUGGUGGAUGAGUUCAACACGUCUUCGACCCGCGCAAUCUUCUUGAUUUCCACCCGUGCUGGCGGCGUGGGCUUGAACCUCACGGCUGCAUCGGUGGUGGUGAUCUUUGACCCGGACUGGAACCCCUUCUCGGACCUCCAAGCCCAGGAUCGGUCCUUCCGAAUCGGUCAGACACGGGUCGUGGAGGUCUACCGACUGCUUGGCGCAGGCACCAUCGAGGAGCAGGUCUACAUGCGGCAGAUCUGGAAGCAGCAGCUCGCGGCCGCCGCGCUGGAUGGCACGCGCAGUGCCCGGCGCUUGGACGACAAGUCCUUCGGCCUGGGGAGCUUGUUCGAGCUCCACGAGGGCUCCAUGCUGCCCGCCCUGAUGGCAGAGGCCUUCAAAAAGUCGGCUCAGGAGUCCAUGGAGGGCGGUGUGCGUGUCUUCAACGACCUCCGCGGCGGCGCGCCGGCACCGGGAGCGUUGUGGCGUCCUGAGGAGGAGGCGGAGCCAGAGGAGGCCAAUAACGCACAGGAGCUUGAGGAGCUCCACGGCAUGUUUGACCAAGUGGAUCACUCCAAAGUCGUGCGAAAUGACACCCAGGAAAACCUUUUGCUGGCUGAUUUGGACGACAUAGAGAACGCACCGGAGUGA